CAGUGGUGGUGAUGCUGCUCCCCGUGUGUGGAGGAGGGAGAGGAAGAGGCGGAGGAGGUUGAUGAGGAGGAGGAGGAGGAGGAAGAGGAGAGCGUGUCCGCUGCCCAAUGACAGAGCAGGAUGCUGAGAGGAGAGGCUGCUCGGGUGAAUGGAGGCGACAAGAUGCCGUCUACAGCGGUGAAGGAGAGGCAUUAACAUCGACUGAGAUCUGACUUUUCUGUGCUCCGUUUUUUGAAGAUUAAAUAAGUCACUCAUGUUUGGUUCAGGCAGAAAUCCCGUCUCAUCCUGCCCCUGUUAAGGAACCUCUGGUGGCUGCUCGUCGAUCCGCAGGACAUGUACGGCAGUGCCAGAGCUGUAGGUCAUAUCGAGAGCAGCCCCGCAAGGUCCCCGCGCCUGCCCAGGUCCCCCCGACUGGGCCAUAGGAGGGCAAACACCGGGGGUGGGGGAGGCGCGGGGGGUAAGACCCUCUCCAUGGAGAAUAUUCAGUCCCUCAAUGCUGCCUACGCUACAUCUGGGCCUAUGUACCUUAGUGAUCAUGAGGGAGUGGGCUCCACUGCCACCUACCCCAGAGGCACCAUGACUCUGGGCCGAGCAGCCAGCCGGGCCAUCUACGGAGGCCGCGUCACAGCCAUGGGCAGCAGUCCCAACAUUGCUUCCGUGGGACUGCCUCAUGCUGACCUUCUGUCUUACAGUGACCUGGGUUCCCUCUCCAUGCUGCACCACCACCACCACCAGGGGGUGCCCUCUGCCCUGCUGAGGCAGGCAGUGCGUAGUAGUGGUGGUGAGCUGCUGGAGAUGCAGGCCCAGCUCAGGGAGAUGCAGAGGGAGAACGAGAUGCUGCGCAGGGAGCUUGACCUGAAGGACAGUAAGCUGGGGUCUUCCACCAACAGCAUCAAGAGCUUCUGGAGCCCAGAGCUGAAGAAGGAGAGGAUCAUGAGGAAGGAGGAGGCUGCACGCACGUCCAUCCUGAAGGAGCAGAUGAGGGUGACUCACGAGGAGAACCAGCAUCUCCAGAUGACCAUUCAGGCUCUGCAGGAUGAACUGCGUACACAGCGGGACUUGAACCACCUGCUGCAGCAGGAGAGCGGGAACCGCUCGGGCUCCGACCACUUCACCACCAUCGAGCUCACCGAGGAGAACUUCCGCCGCCUGCAGGCCGAACACGACCGGCAGGCCAAGGAGCUCUUCCUGCUGAGAAAGACUCUGGAGGAGAUGGAGCUGAGGAUCGAGACCCAGAAACAAACACUGGGGGCCAGAGACGAGUCCAUCAAGAAGCUGCUGGAGAUGCUCCAGAGCAAGGGGCUGCCCCCCGGCCCGGGCAGGGCAUCUGAGGAAGAAGAGCAAGAAAGAGCCCGGCGCAUCGCGGAGGCCGAGGCCCAGCUGGGCCACCUGGAGGUCAUUCUGGACCAGAAGGAGAAGGAGAACCUACAUCUGCGAGAGGAACUGCACAGGAGAAACCAGCUGCACCAAGACCCGGGCAAAACCAAGGCGCUGCAGACCAUCAUCGAGAUGAAAGACACCAAGAUCGCUUCCCUGGAGCGCAACAUCCGAGACCUGGAGGACGAGAUCCAAAUGCUGAAGGCGAACGGUUUACUGAACUCCGAGGACCGCGAGGAGGAGAUCAAGCAGAUGGAGGUCUACAAGAACCACUCCAAGUUCAUGAAGAGUAAGAUCGAUCAGCUGAAGCAGGAGCUGUCCAAGAAGGAGUCGGAACUGUUGGCUCUCCAGACCAAACUGGAGACGCUGAACAACCAGAACUCCGACUGUAAGCAGCACAUCGAGGUGCUCAAGGAGUCGCUCACUGCCAAGGAGCAACGCGCUGCCAUUCUGCAAACAGAGGUGGACGCUCUCCGCCUGCGUCUGGAGGAGAAGGAAUCCUUCCUGAACAAGAAGACCAAGCAGCUGCAGGACCUGACGGAGGAGAAGGGAACUCUCGCAGGAGAAAUCAGGGACAUGAAGGACAUGCUGGAGGUCAAGGAGCGAAAGAUCAACGUCCUGCAGAAGAAGAUUGAGAACCUGCAGGAGCAACUGAGGGACAAAGACAAACAACUGGGAAACCUGAAAGACAGAGUCAAGUCUCUGCAGACCGACUCCAGUAACACAGACACUGCACUGGCCACCCUGGAGGAGGCGCUGUCAGAGAAGGAGAGGAUUAUUGAGCGUCUAAAAGACCAAAGAGAGAGAGAAGACAGAGAGCGUCUGGAGGAGGCGGACACCUACAAGAAGGAGAACAAAGACCUGAAGGAGAAGGUCAACAGUCUGCAGAUAGAGUUAACGGAGAAGGAGUCCAGUCUCAUCGAUCUGAAGGAACACGCGUCGUCACUGGCGUCUUCUGGCCUCAAGAAGGAUUCAAAGCUCAAAUCACUGGAGAUCGCCAUCGAGCAGAAAAAAGAAGAGUGUAGUAAGUUGGAGACGCAGUUGCAAAAAAAAGCUCACGAGGUGGAGCAGCAGUCGGGCUCACGAGGAAACCCAGAGUACACGGACCGGGUGAAGAUGCUGGAGAAGGAGGUGGGCUUCUACAAAGACGAGGCCAGCAAGGCUCAGACAGAGGUGGAGAGACUGCUGGACAUCCUACGAGAGGUCGAGACCGAGAAGAACGACAAGGACAAGAAGAUCGCCGAGUUGGAAAGCCUAGCUCCCAGACAAGGAGGGAAAGACCAGACCAAGAAGGGUCCCAACAUCAAACUGGGACCACAGGGGGACAAGAAAGGCUUGGGACAGGACCCUCGUAAGGACAGUUCCAUGGAUGCUGGACAUCACUUAAAGCUGGAGGAGUUAAUGAACACCCUGGAGAGAACAAGGCAGGAACUAGACGCCACCAAGCAGCGUCUGUCCUCCACACAGCAGUCUCUGCAGGAGAGGGACACGCACCUCACCAGCAUGAGACAAGAGCGCCGGAAACAGUUGGAGGAGAUCCUGGAGAUGAAACAACAGGCUCUGUUGGCGGCCAUCAGCGAGAAAGACGCUAAUAUAGCACUGCUGGAACUGUCUGCUUCCAAUAAAAAGAAAACCCAGGAGGAGGUGCUGGCCCUCAAGAGGGAGCGGGACAAACUGAUGCACCAGCUGAAACAACAUACACAGAGCAGAAUGAAACUGAUAGCAGACAACUACGAAGACGACCAGUUUCACUCUCACGGUCCUCACCACCCCCAGCCUCAGCCCCCCCACGCUCCACAGCAGCCCCAGCCCCAGUACCCCCACCCACCCCACGGCCGCACGGCUUAUCCACAUGUUUCACACCCCCAGCAUCCUCAGCACCUGCAGCAUCCGCCGGCCGUCCAACAGCACCCUCACACCCAACAGGCACAGCCGCAGUACCCUCACCCACCACACCCUCAACACCCGCAGCACCCGCAGCACCCCCAGCAGCACAGUCAGCACCCACCACCACCCCUCCAGCAUCAGCAGCACCCCCGCCCGCCUCAGCCUCAACACCCGCACCAACAGCACCCUCAGCACCCGCUCCAACACGCCCACGGACACCCUCCCCCCCAGCAUCCUCACCCUCAGCACCCGCACGGCCCCCCCCAGCAGGGUCAACACCCCCAGCAGGGUCAACACCCCCAGCAUCCUCAACAUCAGCACCCACAGCACCCGCACCACGCCCAGCAUCCACGUCACCCGAUGCCCCACCAUCGUGGAGGCCCGGCCCGAGGACCCCCACACCCCAGUCACCGCCCGACUCCAGACCAGGAUGACGAGGAGGGCAUUUGGGCAUAAUCUCUGCUGUGACGACCAAAGCUCCAGUGUUGUUUUGAGGGAUGAUUCAGUCACUACUGGAGGAGCACAACCACGCCAUGACGACGAAACAUUAUCCAACCAAACAUUUAUUACUUCCACUUUAUCAACACCCG